CCCCGUUUUGCCAACCCAGCAGCAUUGCAGUUAUCACGGCUGCUGUCUGUAAUCAACACAUUUAUCAUGGAGUUUACUAGUAUUCUUGAUUCUCUGGAGGACCUGGGAUACCAGGGUCCACUCCUAGAGGAUGGCACUUUUGAGACAGCUGUGAGUGGUGGGGCUGCAUCUCCAGAAUUCACUAAACUGUGCGCCUGGAUUGUGUCUGAGUUGAAGCUCUAUUGCAAACUAGAGGAGAGCGUUCAAGCAACCAACUGUCCGAGUGAGGCUGAGGGGUUUCAGCUGGAGAUGAGUGGUCUUUUAGCCGAGCUGUCCUGUCCAUAUCCCGUGCUCAUCACUGGAGACGUCACCAAGCGUCUGCUAAAUGCAAACAACUGUCUCUUACUGCUAGGCUUUCUGAUCUCUGAGCUGGAGGCUUCUAGGAUGAUCCUGGUAAACCAUCCCCAGAAGAAGGAGCAGGAGACGGGGGGCAGUAAAGUCUUCAUGGAGCUGAAGGGCAUCUGUAUGUCUCUGGGCAUGUCAAAACCUCCUGCUAACAUAACCAUGUUCCAGUUCUUUAGUGGCAUUGAGAAAAAGCUGAAGGAAGCUUUGUCCAAGGUACCUCCGUCUUAUUUAGGGGAGCCUUUACUGAAGAAGCCACUGGGCCCUGUUCAUUGUGAGAAAAUCGAAGCAAUAAACCAAGCACUUGUGAAUGAGUAUGAAGUCAGAAGGAAAAUGUUGUUGAAACGUCUCGAUGUGACAGUGCAGUCUUUUGGCUGGUCAGAAAGAGCAAAGAUACAUGCUGAGAGGCUUACUAAAGUGUACCAGCCUCUUCGUACGGCACUAGCCACUAAGACCAGGGUGUCUGUGGCUCACCUGUUUGCUGCUAGACAUGAUUUAUCAAAGAUUCUGCGAACCAGCAGUGGUCACAUCAGAGAGAAAACAGCAUGUGCUAUUAACAAGGUCUUGAUGGGUCGUGUGCCUGACCGAGGGGGCAGACCAAAUGAGAUUGAACCCCCACCUCCAGAGAUGCCCACGUGGCAGAAACGGCAAGAUGUUCCACAAGGGGGUGGUGGAGGGCAGCACUACUCUGGUGGUGGUGGUGGGGGAAGAGGUGGAGGACGGGGUGGCUACGAUCAGCAGCAGGGUAGCCGGGGAGGAUAUGAGAGAGGCGGAGGGAGGGGUGGGAGAGGAGAUCAACGUGGGGGUAAAGUUCAGGGAGGCUGGCAGGACAGCUCUGGUGGAGGCGUAUACCAGGGUAAUUUCCAAGAUGGCGCAUAUCGAGGAGGAGGAGGAGGAAGUGGCGGCUACCACGGAGGACAACAGGGAUCAGGAUACCAAGGUGGUGGAGGGCAUCAGGGUGGAGGUGGGGGUUACCAGAACGAAGGAUAUUAUCAGGAUGGAGGGCGACACCAGGAGAGAGGUGGCAGGGGGGGUCGUGGAGGUAGAGGGAGAGGAAGAGGAGGUGGAGGGGGGCAGGGAGGGGGAUGGGGUGGAAGAGGGGGGCAGAAUUUUAAUCAAGGAGGACAGUUUGAGCAGUUCUUUCAGCAAGGUGGUCAACAAUAUAACCAGGCGGGCUUUGGGCAAGGAAGACAAUAUACUAGUUAAAGACCGAAACGGUUACUGCCACCUAUGGGUUCGGAGAGGAUGCACAAUUCUCAAGGGCAUGAGAAGAGACACAGGCCUUGAGAUCCCUGAUGAGUGGACAGGCAUGAAAUCCCAUAUUCACCUGGUGCCUCUGGGGUCUGCUUUAUUGAGAUCUCCUCGCAAUGAACAUAAUGUACUUUUUUGCAUGUGUAGAGUCUGAUGGUCUAAAUGGUUAUGCUUCCACCAGACCAUUUAAAUUACUUCACUUAUUUUGAAGUGUACGAUUGGGUUGCCAAAUUACUCCCAGGUUGAACUUUGUGUUGCUGGGUUUGUGUUCCUCUUCCUCCAUUUUGGUAUUUUACAUUGAUUCAGUCUACUGCCUCUUUGAAACUGUCCCGACUCUGAAUCUGACAAUGCCUUAUUCUAGAGAUUCUAGAGAAGUUAUUGAAAACUUGUGGGGGUUUAUUUUCUAGUUUUAUUUAUGGAAACGGUUCUUUAUGACAUCAUUAAUGUUAUAGAUUUUCAUUCAUUAGUUCUCAUGUUCAUUCUGUUUUUUUAAACAAUCAGCACAUGAAGAGUAUUUUUUUAUUUUAUUUUGCUGAAUGUGUUUGUUUAAAAAUGCCCAUUAUUACAGUUAUGCAGCUUGGGUGGUUUCACCAGUAUUGACUCUAACAUGUGUGAAUGUUUAUUUGCUAAAGUAUGGAAACUCGUACAGUAUUUGACAGACAUGAAUUUGAAUUUUGUUUUGUUUUUUGCUGUUUUGGAAAGUGUGUAAAAAUCACCUUUAAUGGAUUUGGAUGAUCAAAUAAACCAAAUAGAAAAGUGUUCAAAGUAAUAGUGCUGAACAUUACUAUGAU